AUGACAGUUUAUAAAAGAAUGAAAGGAAGAAGAUUUGGGCAAAUUGCAGUAACAUCAUCUAUAGCUGGUUUUUUCAGCAUACCAGGUCUCUGUUAUUACAAUGCAACAAAAUCAGCAUUAAUAUCAUUUGCACGAGAUCUUCGUUACAUAGCAUCUUUUGAUAAUGUAAAAGUGUCUGUGAUAGCACCUGGAAUAAUAAAAACGAACAUGACUCGAAAUUCUGAUCUAUCUUCUAAUAAAUUUUAUGGGCCUGGUGAUCCUAACGGUUUGGCCAAAAUCGUUAGAAAUCAGUUGAAUUCUGACACUUUUUGUAUUGGCUGGCCUUUCCGCCAAUAUUUAUUGAAUUGGCUUGUUUCAAGUUUUCCUGUUAGAACGAAUUUGGCUUAUUCUUGGAUUAUGGGAAAAUCGGUUCAAAGAACCGUUGCAUCAUCGUAA